GGGAGAAACAGGAAAGGGAGGAGGGGGAGAGAGCUCCUGGGUUGCUGCUUCUGCUGCUGCUGCUGCGAGAGGCUGUUUCUUUACUCUCCCUGGCAGGCUCUCCUGCUGCCUGGGAAAGUGGGUUACAGAGGGAAGGAGCUCAGCCCAGACGCUGGCAGAGAAGCAGCCAGCCACAGAGAGUCCAAGGAAGCACCCCUGCCGUUGACAGUCGCCUCAAUAUUAAGCGUUUUAUAUUUGCACUCUUCCUUCGGAAAAUUUGUUCCUCCACUUUCUCCCCCACGCUUGCUUGGAUUUGAUGCGGGCUUUGUUAAGUCUCACAGGGGAAAAAGACUGAGCGAGGGAAAGAGCGAGGCAAAGUGGAAGGGAGUGAGCGCUGGACCCGCCCGAGCAGCCUUGGCAGUGGCUGCUAGCCCCGCGCGCUAGAGCCCCUCUCAGUGGCCAGCAGCGCGCACUCGGGAGUCCACCGCGGACCAACUCGCCGAGGCCACCAUGGUCGGGAGAGUUCAGCCCGAUCGGAAACAGUUGCCUCUGGUCCUACUGAGACUACUCUGCCUUCUUCCCACAGGACUGCCUGUUCGCAGCGUGGAUUUUAACCGAGGCACGGACAACAUCACCGUGAGGCAGGGGGACACGGCCAUCCUCAGAUGUGUGGUAGAAGACAAAAACUCUAAAGUGGCCUGGUUGAACCGCUCUGGCAUCAUCUUCGCUGGACAUGACAAGUGGUCUCUGGACCCUCGGGUUGAGCUGGAGAAACGCCAUUCGCUGGAAUACAGCCUUCGAAUCCAGAAGGUGGACGUUUACGAUGAGGGAUCCUACACAUGCUCGGUUCAAACACAGCAUGAACCCAAGACCUCCCAAGUUUACUUGAUUGUGCAAGUUCCACCAAAGAUCUCCAACAUCUCCUCGGAUGUCACUGUGAAUGAGGGCAGCAAUGUAACCUUGGUCUGCAUGGCCAAUGGCCGCCCUGAACCCGUUAUCACCUGGAGACACCUUACACCAACUGGAAGAGAAUUUGAAGGAGAAGAAGAAUAUCUGGAGAUCCUAGGCAUCACUAGGGAGCAGUCAGGCAAAUACGAGUGCAAGGCUGCCAACGAGGUCUCCUCAGCGGAUGUCAAACAAGUCAAGGUCACUGUGAACUAUCCACCCACUAUCACGGAGUCCAAGAGCAAUGAAGCCACCACAGGACGGCAAGCUUCCCUCAAAUGUGAGGCCUCAGCAGUGCCUGCACCUGACUUUGAGUGGUACCGGGAUGAUACCAGGAUAAACAGUGCAAAUGGCCUUGAGAUUAAGAGCACGGAGGGCCAGUCCUCCCUGACGGUGACCAAUGUCACUGAGGAACACUAUGGCAACUAUACCUGCGUGGCUGCCAACAAGCUGGGUGUCACCAAUGCCAGCCUAGUACUUUUCAAGCGUGUUUUACCCACAGUCCCCCACCCCAUUCAAGAAAUUGGCACCACCGUGCACUUCAAGCAAAAAGGACCUGGGUCGGUGAGAGGAAUCAACGGGUCCAUCAGUCUGGCCGUACCACUGUGGCUGCUGGCAGCGUCCCUGCUCUGCCUUCUCAGCAAAUGCUAAUAGAAUAAAAAGUUAAAAAUAAUCACAAAACACACAAAAAUGUGUCACACAGAUACAGAGAGAGAGAGAGAGAGAGUGCAAAAUGGGGGAAAACUAUUAUUUCACAAGUUUGUGUGUUUAUAAAUGAAGGGGGAAUAUGAAAAUGAAGAAAAUACACCACUAAAAAUAAUUUUAAGAUCCAUAAAUAAAAAUCUGAGCAUAAUUUAGGGUGGGGAAACCUCUACCAGAAUAUGUGUCUAUCUUCUAAGCAAAUGACUGCUGUGUCAAGAGUCCAUAGCGCUAAAGACGUCUGAUGUUGUACAAAUGAGACUACUCAAGAAGUAUCAGAUGGAUGUUAACUCCCCCACGCACACUUUAUCCUUCCUUCAUCCAUUUUCAUCUGUGGGGGAAAAAAGAAGGUCUUGCCUUUGGUGUUUAUAUUUCCAUGGUCUUUUUAUUCUGUUUUUCAUUUGAGCUGAUGUGUAGCCAUUUUGGACUAUCAGAGGAGGCCUGUGAGAGCCUUUCUCAGGCUCCCCUGCCUCCACCAUCUCUCUGACUUUUGAGAACGCUUCCUUUCCCUCCAGUGUGUUCUAUCCCCACCACAUCCAUUCCAAAUAUUCCCUUUUUCUCUACUCCCAUCUCUCCUUGCCCCAGCAACCCAGAACACUAGUCAUGCCGCAAAUGCUAGGAAGUGCCAUCUUCGUUUUCUUCACUGUGCGCGUGUGUGCUCAAGUCUCUGGCUCUCACGUAGGUGUACAUGUGUGUGAGCGUGUAUGUGUCUCUCUCUAAAGCAUGCCAAGGGAAUGGUCCAUGUGUACAUAGACUCAUUGUGCUGUAGAUACUGUCAUGCAUUGUAAUUGUGAGGUGCGGCUGUAAUAAGUUGCUGGGAGAGAUGGCUGGGUGGGAGGCAAGGAGCAGAAUCCCUCCCCCCAUUCAUGGCGGUCACAUAACAUCAGUGUGCAUUCAAACCAAGCUGUGCUCUUUCUGUGGGCAGGACCCCAUACUCCUCCUAGUCCCAUUUUCAAAACCCAGUCCGGAGUCACUCAGAAUAUCACUGUAAAUGAAAGUGCCUACUAUCAUUGGGGUGAACAGACGGGGAACAGAUCCAUGGCCGGGAUGACGUGACCUAGGGGAAGAAGAUGGUUUCUGAUAUCACUCUAACUUUACAAGCCUAGGGGACUCAUGCAUUUGAGACCCACUACAGAAGCGAGUGACAUUUAUUGAGCAGUUCUCCAGAAACAAGAAGGUCUCUGAGUGGUAACUCCCGAGGGAAAGCAGGCCUGCUUUGUCCCCUCACUAAUCCUCAGAUACCACUGCAUUUGUCCCUUAAUUCCCUUCAGUGGGGACUGUUGCCUCUUAGACAAAAGAUUGUGAGACAUGAAAAAGCAGAUAGAUGCCCAAGUCCCUUCUGUAGAGGCUGCCAAACAUCUAAUGCAAAGUGCAGACCAUCACAAAAUAAGAAUUCCAGUCUUUGCUCUCCUUUAUGGACAUCAUCCUUGAGUUCUAGACUAAUGCUUUGUUAGGUUCCUGCUCCAAUGAUGAUGUGUGUGGCACCACUGCCCAUGGAGGCUACUUAGUAUCUGAAAGCCCGACCACUAGUGUGCAGACUGUUCACCUUCUCUACUCUAUUUAGACUUACAUCUGUGAGAGUCACCUUGACACUAACAAUGAAACCUGAUCUAAUUGCUUAACCAUAAGAUCUGAGCAGCUUGUGAUAAAUUCAGGCAGAAGUUGUGUGAGCAUCCUAACACUCAGCACCAUUCCAUCACCAGCUAUAUUUUCCUAGUGGAGGUCUUCCAGGGAAGGCUGCCUCUCUGCAUGUGGGUGUCUUUGGUAGGAAACCACCCAUAGCUUUCUCUUAGACUAUAGAGGCAUCCAAAGCAAUUCACCAUAGAAAAGGAUGGAGAAUUAUUGCUGAGGCCAUAAUGUGAUGUUAUCUCACAGAGCCAGAUGUAGUAGAUCGUCAAGCUUUCUAACCUUUGAAAUGACUGUCACAUGACACAAAAUAAAUGGAAAGAAGGAAGGAAAGAAAUGAAAGGAGGAAGAGGGAGGAGGGAGGAAUAAAGGAAGAACAAGAGGAAUUUGAGCAGUAUUUAAUAUUUCUUUAAUUGAAUCACUUCAUUUAGCUUAUAAACCUGUCACAUCCUUUUUCAUGGUUUCACAAUUAUCGCAUGAAACAGAGAGAAGACACAGCUUAGGAUGGGUAAGAGGAUUUAUGAAAUAUUAAGAAAUAGGAUAUUAAUUCUUAUCUGAGAACAUAGCUAUUACAACACAGGGAAGAUGUGCCAUAGUCCAAUAUGAUAUAUUGGCAAUCAAGGAUUUCUCUAGCAGUCUGGUCCUCUUUGUACAAGAACCUUUAACUGUUUCCCAUGUUAAAGAGGCAUUCACAUCCUUAAGUAAAACCUUAGAAGUGUGCAUAGUAGUCUAGAUAGAAGGGAGAAAGGAGUUAAUUCAGCAUUGUAUAGGAAUAGUUUCAGAAAUAGAUGCCUGUGACAUAUCACAGGCUUUAUUUAAUCACACACUUGGUCUUCAGUGUCUCCUUCCCAUUAUAAGGACAAACUCUUGGUUUUCUGGGAGGAGUCUUUCCUUUGGGAAGAAUUCCUGAUCAUGUCUACACCAUUUGUUAUUUUGGUUUUAUUAUAAAGGACGAUAAAGUAAACAGCUAAAGAUACUUUUAAAUGUGUUGUUUGCCCAUGCCUACUUCAAGAUCUGAGAUUUUUACAAAUUUUCUCUUUCCUGUGGAAAAACCCUGGGCCUCAUACACCACAUAGGUUUGAGAAAUGCUAAGUCAUAUGGACAACCAGGACAAGGUUCUCUGAAGCAAGAUUAUAAUCAUGAUAAGGUCGAAGGACCUACCCCCAAAUGCCAUACAUUCAACAGAAAAAUUCAUCACAUUACUAUAAAUCCCUCCAGAGAUCUCAUUUGUUGGUAAUCAUGUUACUGAAGACAAAUAAGUGAUUGGAAAUAGUAGGUAGUAAGGAGUGGAAUGCACCUGUUAUUGGAACCACUCAUGUAUUUCAUAGACUUUAUGUAAAAAGUGAACUUACACCAUUCACAAAACAAAAUCUUUAGCCUCAGACUUCAGUUAAAAAAAGUAUAAAUGACCUUGACUCAGGACAGGCCUCAAAGAAGGAGAAAUAUCCUGAAUUCAACAACUUUGCCUAGUGGGAGGAAUGGUGUUCUUGUGAAGUUGUCUUGUCUAGAAAGGAUGAAAGCUUAUGGGAAAAUAGAUGUGUUUUCUGUUCAGGACUUUCCUCUUGGCUCUUGCCUCCUCUUCCAAGUCAGACAGGCAUUUUUUCCCCUUAUCAUCAUGGACAUUUUUUUUCCUUUCACUUCAUAGAAACUGGGGCUAUUCAAAGAGACCUUGUAACAAUACUCGUGAUUUUCACGUUCUUGGAGGAAAAAACAAAAGUAUGUUUUGCCUCCAAAGAUGGACUUUACCUCCUCUGCCUACAGAAACUAAACUCCUCAGCAUGAAACUGCUUUACGUUCUUACUUCUCAGCCCACAGUCAGGGGGUCGUCUUUGAGCUGGCGACAAUGUGACAGCUUCUAUUGGCUAGUCUCCCUAAAUUUUUCAUUUUGUUCUUUAUAGACUUUGGAUUUUUGUGCAAAAUAAUAAUAUAUAUGUGUAUGUAUUGUUUUAAAUCUUAUCUUUACAAAUGAUAUAUUUACAAUAAUGGAUGUAUUAUAAGAAAAAUUUAGAACAAUGGUCUAAACUUAAAAGGAAGAGAGGUGUUUAAUUUGGUUUAUUUAAAAAAAAGGAACUAUGCCUCAUUUGGAAAGAUACAGGUCCCCUUUCACCCUCCUUGAUAUCAUUUGUUUAAAAGAAUUUUGCCUAUAAGGCCAUCAUGUUUUUCCUCAUUCUUAACAAAUUCUCAGCUUAGAUUCAUUCCCGGUUCCCCCUGAAAACUACCAAUUUUUAUAACAAUGUAAAUGUAAUAUUAUUUCUGACAUAAAAAGCUAUUAAAAGUCUGAUGACAAAUAAACAUACCAUAAAAAAUUAUGAGAUGGACCCAAAGUUAAGAAACACAAACCUACUUCAGGAAGUCUCCUUCUUGCUUAAGUAUUUAAAAAUGUGUCUCCUCCAGAGACUCAGUCUGCCCAAGUGAUGUAAAUUCCCCAUUAUGGUUGACAUCAUAUCUGUAAACAUCUCACUAGAUGCAAAAUGAAGUUCACAUUUACGUGCGUACCACUGGGAAGAAAAGUAAACCAUUAUCGUUUGCAUUUAGCUAUGCUGUUCAAAUGUCACCAACUGAACCUCAAGAAAGAAUUUGUGUUUUGCCCGCAAUGUAUAUCACUUUGUCUUGGCAAGGCUGCCAGUGUUAAUAUUAGGUUUAGGUUUAGCAUUCACGCCAGCGAAAUGUUUAUGGAUAUUGUGGAAAACUUAUUUUAAAAUCCUGAUUUCUCGUCAGCGCAUUUGCAUACUGUGCUGAUUAAUAAAUUAGGCACCAAUCAUGUGUAAAUCAAUGUAAAUCACUAGUUUAUAUACAUAAUAUAAACUCUGUAAACUUCAUUUUCUAUGCAGAGCCCAAGUUCAUCUAAACAUAUAAAUCUUAAAGAAAAAGAAGUCAAAUAAGAGGGAGAAAAGCCAAAGCUUUUCACAGGUCAAAGGUCAAGAAGAAAAACUGAGUUCCAAGCAUGGUUUCCUUAGCCAAAGGAAGCAGACACCCAGAACACUUAGUGGCAGUUCCAGCCAAGUGCAUACAAAUGAUUCUCCUUAGUUCCUUCUGCCUCACUGAAGAUUCCUUAGCCUGACCCAACCAAAUCCAGGAAAACAAAUGGAUGAAAGAGGAAUAGGCUGUUAAGGGCUCCUGUGCUCCAGGUUACUGGUUUCUUGGCAGUGAUAUAUAUUUUAUUGUAUGUUUAGUUAAAUAGCUCUGCCUGAUUCACCGAUAAUUACAUGAACAAAUUGUCACACACUCCCCCCCAUCCUUUUACUUUUUUAUUUUACACUUAACCGCACUCAUAAUACAUCUUUGUCAUCCUAAUUUGAAUAAAUUAUGUGAUCCAAGAAAUAUGUUAUAUCCUUGAGAAAUAUCUUGCUGAAGCUUCCAUAUAUAUAUAUAUAUAUAUUCAUAUCCUCUGGUAGCCCCAUAUAUCUACAUGCCUAGGUGUUAUAAAGAAGUCAUAGGGUCCUUUGAAUAGGGAGUGCUACUCACAGGUUUUACCUCUCAGCCUUUCUGAAGUAUCUGCUGAUUUUAGGAGAGUGUCCUGUACACCAUUCCUCUAAUCAGAACUCAGAGAGUCAUCAAAGAGGUUAUAGGGAUGUCAGACAAGAAUUUUCUAGAAGGAAAUUUGGGUCACGUUGAUGACAGGCUUACCCUUGUCCACCUAAGACAAAAGGCCUCAGGAUUGGAGUCAAGAAAUUUGGGUCGUUGUUCUGGGUCUCUCCACACCAAAUGACAUGUGAUAUUGACGUUGGCAACUUAUCUCACAUUCCUGAGAUUUUAAUUUUCUCAUUCCAAAGGUAGAGAAUUUAAAUGACAUUUCAUAAGCUCCCCCACCUCUAAACUCUCUGAUUCUGAAUAUGAAUUGAAAAUUCAUCAAGUUUUGCCACCCACGUGAGGACCCUCACAGAGCCAUUUGCUGGUCUCGGGUUUCCUCUCAAAACUAUCCUCCACAACAAAGCAUCUUCUAGAACGCAGUCUCUAGGCUGAUUCCAUUAUUUCUCUUCUGAGCAAAAUUUCUUAGAGAUGCAGAGGAAGGACAUUUUCAUUUUAAAGUGAAGGCAUCAAAAUAGCUGAGGUAGCUUCCUCGUUCACGAUAUUGGGAAAUGUGACUGUUGAACUGUAGCCUAAUAACUUUUCAUAGGACGAAAAAUGGUCAGCUUGGGCACUAUGUACGUAACAAAUGAGGAAGUUGCACAUUUGAGAGGAAACAUUAGCUUUCUUUCAUCCUGGGCCAAGUGCUUCAUCGUGGUAAAUGUGUGUCAUUGGAAAUUCUCGUCUGGUCCCAAGCAAGUUCCGAAGGCUAUUUUGUGACAAACAGGCAAGGGAAGGGGUUUCUUACAGAAACUUCCUGAAACUUGACUAACAGGCUGUGAAAUCAAGCAAGUGGACAGAGAGGCCUCAUUUUUUUAAUAGUUCGAAUUGUGACCGUUUAUAGCAGAUCUGCAUGGAAAUAAGACACAAAAGCCUAAUAGGAGGCAUGGUUGAAGGGAGUGAGGGUUGUAAAAGCUCAAACCAAAUGUGAAAGUUAAGUUUCCAGAUAAGGGGGUCAGGCAAGAAUGGCAGCUUGGAACAGUAAACAAGGGGUUGUUCUGUUGGGUCACAUACUGGGCAAGUUCAGCACAGGUCCACAUGUCCGUCCCACUCUGUCUUCAAUAUUCAGCUUAGCACCUGUCCAGUUACCUUUUCAUGAAUCUUCCCAAAGAGCACACGGAAUGGGGGUCUCCUGGACACCGAAGAGCAGAGUUUAUUCAUCACUUAAAGCAUUAGUGUCACUUUAGAUGAGUAUGCUAAAUGGGCUUACUGUACUCAGGACACUCUGUAAGUGGGAGAGAGACCCACCCAUCAAACACCUUCUCAGUUCCAUCCCUGUUACCAAGGCACAGCAUUUGGAUGGUGCUAGUGAGUCCACCCUGCAGCUACACUCUUCUAGACACAAACCCUUCCUGUGUAAAUCUAGGCACAGUAAAAAUCUGCUUCUUGCAAAUGAAGAAAACCCACGGAGCUAGUUAGCUUCCUGGCGUGCCACAGCUGCCCUCACCAUCCGUCAGGAGCCUCUUUGAACCCACUUACCUAAGUCUUUGCUCUCCCCAGAGAAUGAACUCAUCCUGGUGAACUUUGGCCAAGUUCUGCUUCCUAAAUAUUUGCUGGGAGGGGGGAGGAUUAAGGGAGGAAAUAGCAAGGGGGAGGGUUACAGACCUCCACCUUCUCCCCAGCCCUGCUUCACCCCUCCCUUUCCAUUGCUCUCCUGAAGGUUGUAUAAAUACAGUCCUUGGUUAGAAGUCUACUCAUUAACAGUGUUAUAUACAUAUAAAUAUAUAUAUAAAAUAUAUUCCUUUUUCCAGCCCUGUAGACAUGAACUGAUCUUCCCUUGAAGAUACAAACACAUGGCCAUUUUUUUUUAGUUUUGGUUGUUUUAUUGCUCAAGUUAUUUUAUUUUAGUUUAUUGGGUGGAUAUUUUUCCCUAAAUACUAGCUCUGUGAAGGAAAGUUAUAAAAGCGCGAUGUGUGUUAAAAAAUUAAAAUUAAAAAAAGCCUUUUUUUCUUUUUAAAUGUAUUUAAAUUCUGGUUCCUUCUUCUGUUACUUUACACGUAUGAAUGCUCUGCUCUUCUGUGAUCUUAAAGCAAAAUGAAAUAAACGUGAAAAGGA